UCAUGAAGUCUUUCUACCUGCUUGCCACUUUGAUAUGGUGUUUAUCGUCGAAUUUCUCCUGGGCAGCUAAGAUCGUGGUGGUUCCUCCCAUUAUGUUUGAGAGCCACCUGUAUAUUUUUAAGACCCUUGCCUCUGCUCUCCACGCCGAGGGCCAUGAAACCGUCUUCCUCGUCUCCGAAGGUCGAGAGGUGCCACCAUCCGACCAUUAUCGACUCCAGCGCUACCCCGGAAUCUUUAACAGCACCUCUGCCGAUGAUUUUCUCCAAUCAAAAGUUCAUAACAUCUUUUCGGGCCGUUUCACAGCUCUGGAGCUUUUUGACAUCCUGGACCACUAUUCUCAAAACUGUGACGCUGUUGUCGGGAGCGCUUCUGUCAUGGAACUGCUAAAACAUGAACGUUUUGACCUCCUACUAGUUGAUCCCAAUGAAAUGUGUGGAUUUGUCAUAGCUCACAUUUUGGGUGUCAAGUAUGCGGUGUUCAGCACGGGACUGUGGUACCCUGCGGAAGUUGGCGCGCCGGCACCCCUGUCUUACGUCCCAGAAUUUAACUCGCUACUAACGGACCGCAUGUCGUUGUUUCAGCGGGUAACUAACACAGGCGUGUACCUGGUUUCCAGAUUUGGUGUACAGUUCUUGGUGCUACCGAAGUACGAUCGCAUCAUGAGGAAGUACAACAUCCAGCCGUCUGUCUCCAUGCAUGAUCUGGUUCAGAACAGUCGACUCUGGAUGCUGUGUACUGACAUGGCACUGGAGUUUCCAAGACCCACUCUUCCACAUGUUGUCUAUGUAGGAGGCAUCCUCACCAAACCCCCCAGCCCCUUGCCACAGGAGUUUGAAACUUGGGUGAAGGAAGCGGAUGAACAUGGAUUUGUGGUGGUGUCAUUUGGUGCUGGAGUGAAAUUUCUUUCAGAUGACAUCGCUCAAAAACUCGCAGGAGCCUUGAGCCGUCUACCUCAGAGGAUCAUCUGGAGGUUCUCUGGAGUUCCUCCUCAUAAUCUUGGCAACAAUACUAAACUAGUGGAGUGGAUGCCACAGAAUGACCUGUUGGGCCAUAGAAACACACGGGCCUUCUUGAGUCAUGGGGGCUUGAACAGCAUCUAUGAAGCCAUGUAUCACGGUGUGCCGGUGGUAGGCGUCCCACUGUUUGGAGAUCACUACGACACCAUGACACGAGUUCAGGCCAAAGGCAUGGGCAUAAUGUUAGAGUGGAAAAAAAUGAGCGAGGAAGACUUAUAUACUGCCAUGUUCAAUGUCCUUACGGACAAAAGGUAUCGUGAGCGAGCCCAGCUGUUGUCUCAGAUUCAUAAAGAUCAGCCUGGUCAUCCAGUGAGUCGAGCCGUUUACUGGAUUAGUUAUAUUCUCCGUCACAACGGUGCCGACCAUCUCCGCUCGGCUGUCUACGAGAUCCCCACCCACCAGUACUUCCUAUUGGACGUCGCGCUGGUAAUAGGAGUGUGCCUGGUUCUCCUCAGCUACUGUUUAUACCGAAUAGGCAAAUUCGUCCGAUCACGGCUGGGGCGUGGUCUUUCUCAAGUGGAGAAAGUCAACGGACACUGUCACGAAAUUCCAAACGGAAUUCCAAACGGCAAACACAACAGAAAUGGACACGUUAGAAGCAUAGAGAAGAAACUAAAGUAACGCACUAGGAUAAAUCAACACUAACGCUUCACUAAAGAGAGGAAUUAACUGCUCUUUACUCAGAACAGGGCCUAUAAACACAACUAUUAUAACAACGGAAGCCGAGAUGAAAGAAAACGUUCCUGAGGAAGUUUUUUCCCUGAAUGGAAUUCAUUUGUGGUCCUGAAUGUUGAGCUUACCCUUGUGGAGAUUAAGAAAUUAAUGUUUUCAACAACAUGUGGGACAUCAGGUCUCAGUACAUCCAAAUACAGACAUCUAUAUUUAUUUAUGAAACUAAUCUUUGGAAAAUUCUGUACGUUUUUAAGGACAGAGCACUGUUUUUAAACUGAAUUUUAAUUUAUGUUCUUUAUUUAUGUCUCGUGCACUCCGUUCCUACUUGUUGUGCAUCACUUUUCAUUUUUGCAUGUUAACAGGUUUAGCCGUGCACACUUAAAACUCGUCAUCCAGACCCAAGCUUUAUCUAGUCUAGCAUGAUUCUUAGACAUACAUUUUGCACUAGCUAAUGCUGCUAGUUAUAGUUAAAAACCUUGUUGCAGAUAGCUGUGUUAAAUCCUGCUUCCAAUUUAUUUUUCCUACUUUUUUCAAAUUAGUUUUUGCUUUGAUGUUUUCAGCUAAUUGUAGUUAAUGAAUUGUAGUUUUUAUAUAAAAUCGUAGAUCAGGUUUAACACCCCAUUCACACGUGUUCAUUGUUGGCAGAUCUGGAUUUAAAUUGACAAUAUGAAACAUUUGGUCUUUUGACAUUUAAAUUCUUCCAGUUAGGUCCUCAAAAAAUCCAUUUUUACUGUAUGGUUUAUUUUACGUUUUCAUUUUUGUAAAUGAGGAGGGGGUAUAGUUUUCAUGUGUGUGCAUCUCAAAAUGUCAGAACAAACUUAAUUUUUAUUUUAUUUUAUUUGAAAGCUUAUCAGAAGAGUGUUGUUAUCGAAGCUGAAAAAAGCAAAAGCUGACAUGUCUUGCCAUGUUCCCACAAAUCAAGAAGUAACCUCGAUUUUGGUACUGUAAUUAACCUUGCCCACGGUGCUCUACUGGUUCUUUUAACCUUUAGCCAUUUUUAUCAAAGGAUGUUUUGUGAAACGCAAUUUCAAUAUGACUUGGUAACAUUUCAUUUUAACAUUUAGUUGUUAAACUAAAGUCAGGCGGAUCUUGGGCAAAUGCAGUUUAUUUGUGCAUUCUCACUUACAGAGGUUUUAUUUAAAAGAACCAGUACCAGUAAGUAACUCAGAUUAAUAGCGUGUGUUAUGAAUGCACCAAACCAUUUUUUAAAAUACAAAGUGGUACUGUAUGGUGAAACAUGACGAUAUGAUUUGUAAGAAUUUAUUUUAAAGGGACAAUAAGCAGGAUUUACCCCAUCUAGUGGUGAAAUUGUAUUUUGCAUUCAAACGAACAGUGCUCUCUAGCGCCUCGUCUUUUCAAAUGCGUGUUGCAUCUACGGUAGUCGAUAUGUACUCACUGAUCUCUUUGUCCGUGUCAGCUGGUUCAUGUGUUCUGAACGAAAACGCGUUGGUAGGCUAGUGCUUUUUGUCCCUCUCUGCUAUUAUAGUUUAUCAGUAUGGCGGAACGACAUGGAAGCCUCCUUGGACUUACCGUUCAAUAAAAAGAAGAAAUUACUUACAAAGAAAAGUCAGAUCACUGGCAGAGGUCAUUUGACACCAACGAGGACAUAUUUAUGAAUAAAGACAUUGAAUUUGAUUAAUAAAACACACUUACUGUCCCUUUAAGAAUAUGAAAUGAUGUACAAUUCUUUGUGAAAGCAACAGAGUGUGAAUGAAAGCGACCAAAGUUAAACUGCACUUCAAAGGACAUUAAAUUAACAUUUGCUUUGAACCAGUAGGCAUCUUUUUUAUUUAAAGUUUUUAAUGAAGAGAUUUAGAGGUGAUUAGUGCUUGUAAAGUGUGUUAAAAUACUUGAGAACUGCACUGCGAGUUACCACUGUUCAGUAAACCAUUGUCAUAGAUCACAUGAAUCAAAACCUGUACAGCCUAAAUGAAGAUUCAUUUAAGUCGUAAGCUGUUCUUACCACGAGGUUCGGGGCAUUUCUUCAGCCAAGCACUGUUUAAGACUGUCUGCAUACUUGAAAAUACACUGGCUGCAAAUGCAUCAGAGCUAUGACUGGUGAAACAGUGAUGCACGCUGACACACUUUGAAGAUAUGAUUGUUUCCUAGUUGUUUGUUUUGUAUGAUUUCAGUAUUAAUAAUAGAUGGUUAACAGCACUGGAAAAGGCUGCAGGUGGGCUCUAACAUAAGAAGCUAUGUGUGUGUGUGUGUGUGUGUGUAUGUGAUUUGUUUAUGUUGAAUGUGUAUGUUUUAAGCUUGAAUGGGGUUGUCUGAGCCUACUGUACGUGUGUCCAGAUUCGCUUUAUAUACUGAUAAUUUAAAACCUACAGUUCACGUUUAGCAUCAUUUUCUUAAAUUCUCUUUGUCCAUUUUCUCAUAUUUCUUGUAGUUAGAGUAGAGGCUGCUUGCAGGAUUUAGUUUUUUUUAGUUUAUAAUGAUUUUGAAUUGUAUGUGUGUCUGUGUUAUUAUGUACAUAAAAAGACAAACAAAAAUACUAAUGAUAAAUAAACAUUACAUAUUUUGUUUGCUUA